AUGCGUGCCGAGGUCUUCCGGGGGGAGGUUGCCAAGAGCCCCAUGGAUUCCCGGAGCUACCGGGCCCUGACCUUGGCCAACGGCAUGAAGGUGCUCCUGGCCUCGGACCCUGAGGCCGUGACCAGCGCGGGGGCGCUCUCGGUGCACGCUGGCUUCUACUCGGACCCCGAGGACUUGCCGGGCCUGGCGCACUUCUGCGAGCACAUGCUGUUCCUGGGUACCAAAGAGUACCCCGAAGAGAACUCCUUCGAAUCCUUCCUGGACGAGAAUUCUGGAAACCAGAAUGCCUUUACAGCAGAGAAUGCGACCACCUACUUUUUCGAGGUGUCACCGAGCGCGCUGCUGGAAUCUCUGAAGCGCUUCAGCAGCUUCUUCCGGGAGCCCCUCUUCACCCCCUCCGCCACGGAGCGUGAGGUGGGAGCGAUUGACUCAGAGUUUGCCAAGAACCGGGAAAACGACGGCUUCCGGUUGCAGCAGCUGCUGAAGAGCACAGCGGCCUCAAACCACCCGGAGACGCACUUCGGGUGCGGCAACCGCCAGACGCUGCUGAAGAAAGGCCCGGAGGAGCUGCGGCGGCGGCUGCAGGACUUCUUCGAGGCCUACGACCCCAGCGCCAUGGCGCUCUGUGUGGUGGCCAAGGAGCCCUUAGCCCAAUUGCAGUCCACGGUGGAGAAGUUCUUUGGGCCCAUCCCGCGGCGGACGACUUCCGCCGCUUCGGUGUCGCCCUGGGCUGGGGUGAAUCCCUACCCCCCGCGCUUGUCGAAGCGCGGGGUGCCGCUGGUGCUGGAGGCGGUGCCGGUGUCGCAGGCCCGUCAGAUUCUGGUGGAGUGGGCCAUGGCCUUCGAGAGCCCCGAGGCGCGCCAGGAGUUCUUGCUGGCGAAGCCCCAGGACUACGUGGCCCACAUUCUGGGCCACGAAGGGCCCAACUCCAUCCAGAGCUUGCUGAAGGGCAAGGGCUGGGUGAAGGGCACCACCGCGGGGCUGUCCUUCGACCAGGACGACUUUGUGAUUUUCCGAGUCAGCUUCGAUGUCUCGGAGGAGGGCCUGAAGCAGAAGGACGCCAUCUUUGGCGCGGUCUUCAGCGUCGUGCGACGAAUGCAAGAUCGGGGCCUGGAUGCCGUGCCUGAGUACACGUUUCAGGAGUGCCAGAGUCUGGCGCAGCUGCGCUGGCGCUUCGCGGAGAAGCGAGCGUCACAGGCGCUGUGCCUGGACUCGGUGGACCUCAUGCAGGAUGGGCUACCGCCCUCGACCUACCUGAGCAACCGCUUCCUGCUUUUCGACCCUCCCAAGGAGGGCCCCAGCGGCGGCAGCCUGCCCCGCGCUGUGGCGAAAGUGCUCGAGCAGCUCACCCCUGAGAGGGCGAGGUAUCGGGUCUUCGCCAAGGAUGUUAAUGGGCGCGCCGACCGCACGGAGGAGUGGUACGGCGUGAAGUAUGCCGAGACGGAGAUUCCGGCGGCCGACUAUCGAGGCUGGUCCGUGAAGGAUCCAGAGGUGCUGCUCCCGGAGUGGCGGUACCCGGGGCCCAACAAGUUCAUUCCCCAGGACUUCUCCUUGGCCUGGCCGCAGAUUGGGAAGACUGGGGCCUCGGAGCCCCCGGAGAUGGUGCGGGACGAUGACCGGUGGCGGGUCUUCUUCAAGGCCGACCGCACCUUCGAAGUGCCCAAAGCCAGCGUCAUCCUGCAGUGCUGGUUCCCCGACCCUGCGCUGGAGACGUCCCAAAAGCGCAUCGACACCGCGGAAGGCCGCAUGCUCGCCCGGAUCUGGCAGCUCUGUUUGGCGGACCGCCUGUCCGAGGAGUACUACGACGCGCGGCUGGCAGGGCUCAAUGCCAACUGCGCCGCCACGGUCGCAGGCAUCUCCAUCUCCUUCGGCGGAUACAGCGACAAGCUGCUGCUCUUCAUGCAGGAGGGCCUCAAGAAGGUGAGGGAUUUCGAUGGGCCCACGGAGAGCGAGUUCGCGCGAGCGAUGGACACGCUGCAGCGCGAGCAGGCCUCCUUCAGCGUGCAGCAGCCCUUCGCCAUCGCGGCCUACUACUCGCGCCUGGCCACAUUCUUGCCAGAGACCCCCAUCGAGGACCUGCGUGCUGCGUUGGCCAAAGUCACGCGGGAGCAGGUCAUCAACUUCUCCAAGGUGCUGAGGGACAAAGACCAGCCCUUCUUCGGGCAGGCGCUGAUUCAUGGCAAUUUGAGCGUGGACACUGCGAAGGGCAUGCUCGCAACCUUGGACCUGCUCCCAUUCCGAGGGGCGCUGACGAAGUCCCCGGCCGGGGGCCUGCUGCGCUCGCGCUUCGUGAAGCUGCAGCCGGGCCAGGACCUUCUGCAAGUGAAGCCCGACUUGAACGGUGAGGAGACCAACCACGCGCUCGUCUCUGUUUUCUGGACUGGAGAUGAAGUCAUGGAUGCCUUGCACGGCCAGCUGCUGGAGAGAGUCCUGAAGGCUCCCUUCUACACGAGCCUCCGUACAAGGCAACAGCUGGGCUAUAUCGUGCAGUCGCAGUGUGACCGCAUCGGCAACAACUCCCGGGUGCUUCUGGUUGUUCAGAGCAGCGUUCGCGAUCCGAACGGGCUGCUUGAUGCUGUCAACGACUUCCUGGUGGAAUUCCGAGCAUCGCUGGCAUCGCUGGCAGAUAGCCAGCUGCAGCCCUUCAAGGCUUCCUUCUUCGAGGAGUUGCUGCGCCCGGACCAGCGCUUGGCCUCCGAGACGGGGCGCUGGUUCGGCGAGAUCGCAGGCUUCCAGUACCGCUGGCGCCGGCGCGAAGAGGAGGCGGCCUUGAUUGCGAAGAUCUCCGCCAAGGACUUGCUGCAGUUCUUCGACGAGAAGAUCGCUGCAGGCGGUUUGCAGCGGCGCUGUGCGUACACAGGGGUCUUUGCUGCAUCUCCGGGGCGAGAGAAGGCCAUGUCUACCAUGAAGGCACGCAGCGGCAUGCUGGUGGUGGAAGACCCUCUGAAGUUCAGCCAGGCCGCGCCGAAAUGGCCCAUCCGUGACAAUGAGUUGACCCUGAAGGUCUCCCAAGACUGGCGCGGCCACAGCUGA